AUGGUACCUGACUGCACUGGCACUGCGCAAGCAUACAUGCGGCCCUCGAGGCCCCAGGGGCCCGCAGAGGGCGGUUCAAAAGUGCUGCUCUUCUACGGAUACCAAUUGAUCAGCUCGGCGACGACACUAGCGUGCCAACGAUCUACGGGCGGAGCCAUUGAUACCUACGUGAGGAUCAAUAGGAAGUACGGAUACAGCCAGCUGGCAAGAGGCCACGGAUCAGAGAAGAAUGUGAACAACAAGCAGAGGCCAUAG